AAGCUAACAGCUAUUUAUCUGUUAUUCCAAGUAUUUGUACUAGUUAAAUGUGAACACUUACUUGGGAAGCACGUAUUGAAACCAGCAUGAAGCUUCCAACAUUCUUCACGAUAUGUCUCCUAGCGGGGUUAGCGUCUACCGCUCCAACCUCUAACGACGACCGACUUGUGAUUGACAACAACUACUACCCAGAAUCACUGAUCGUCUACAGAGGUGAUCACGACAUCGUCAGUAUAGUACUCCCUUUAAACGCCCUUAACUUUGGAGAAGACUCGGAUGACGAAGAAGAUGAGAGCUCGGACACAACAGUAUUUUUCGUUCAAGCAGACACAAAUGAUAAAGGUGAAAGAAUCGAUCAAGGACUCUACGUUUUAAUAAACGGUAAUGCAACUAAAUUGUUGGACCAUGGUAGAGACGCAGCCGCUGCCAACGAUGAUACAAAAACAGCUUACUUUGCUGCUAAAGAUGGAAUAUAUUCCUACAAUGCCGCGACUAAGAAAGCUGAGAAAUACGGUACUGUGACUGACAGCCUCAUCGGUAUUGCUAAAGUAAACGGUAGCGAUACUUUAUACGUGCUUACUGAAGACCGCGUACUAUACAAAGUCACUGAAGAAGGAACGAAAAAAGAGAAAAUUGACUCGGUUGUUAAUGCCAAACAAAUUGUUUUAGAUUUCGAUAGUAAUCUGUUUUAUUCCACAACAAACAAUGAGGUCUACAUUCUACUUGCAGAUGGUGUAAAGAAAGUUGAAGGUUUGCCGUCAAACCCAGCUUAUUUAAGUGUUAUUAAACCUCCUUUUAUAUUUGAGAAUGGUGUACCUGUAAUUGCUAAUGACGAAACGUACACUGUUUACGCGAAUGGCACCAGUGAAGUGGUCGAUAUCGUUGUUCAGGCUAAGCCAACGGCUGCUGCUAUUGAAGGCACUCUAAUCCAUUACCUUGCCUACAAGAAAAACAUUUAUGAAUAUAAUAUACUUGAAAUUGUUAUGUCGGAAGCUGUCAAUGAAGUAAAACAGUUUUUGUCAAAGAACAGCGAUGAGAUCCAGGCUAUUGCUACGCGAUCUAGAAACGAUUUGCGUGCGUAGACAUACUGCAAAGACAGAAAUACCUUAUAACUACUUAGUUUUACUACUAAUAAACCAAAAAUAAAACAUGAAUCAGAAAACAAAAUUAAAGAUAAUAUGUAUUCCCUUGGCGACAACAAAACGUAAGAUACUGUAUAACAUUUUUGAUGUAUCAUCAUAAGAAACAUGCAAACAUUGUGAAUUAAAACUGUACCAAUAUUAAAUUAAAUGAUUUGUUAAAUUAAAUUGAUAAACUUUUUGUAUGCAUCCUUCAUACCUUG